CAUCGCACGUUAUUUGAAAGUCUGAACUAAUCAUAUAGAUCAACGAAACAAGCCCAACGACAACAAUGGACAACACCUCAAAGCGUAUCCAUGUCUUCCUGGCCCUGCUUGCGAUCCUGGCAUUCAAUAUCACCAUCUCGUGUGCCUCCGACUUCGCCGAUCUCCACCAGGCGAGCUACUUCGAGUGGAGGUCAGAGCGUCGAGGCAACUCCAUCGGCGAGUGCAGAGCUCUGGGGGAGGAGACAGAGACCGAGAGCGUAGGCAAGAGGCGCAUUCUAGCGACGAAGCAGUACAUAGGCUAUGGGGCGCUGAGGAGGAACUCGGUGCCGUGCUCUCGACGUGGCACAUCGUACUACAACUGCCGGGCCGGAGCUCAGCGGAAUCCCUACUCGAGGGGAUGCAGCCAGAUCACUAGUUGCAGGCGCUGAUGGUUCUCGAGGCUGUCAGCCUCUUGAGCCUGCGUUUAUGGAGUAAUCCAAAACUUCCCCUUUCGUCGGGAGUUUUGAUGGACUGUUCAUAUUCUUGCAUGUACAUUUUACAUAUAUGUAUGCUUUGAUGUGUAUGUUGCUCACGGAAUCACAGUUCCAUCUUAUUUUC